AUGACGACUUUGCAUAAUUUGGAUACUCUUCCAUUCGAUGUAUUUUAUCAGAUCGCAGUCUCGCUGGACGACCGUGAUUAUAUCAACCUCAGCCGUACCAAUCGCGCCCUCUAUGACCUGUCACAGAGUGAACAGAUUGCCCGAAAAAUUGUUGAAAAUGUUUUGCUCCACAGCAAAGAAGCUCAGGCGGCCUUGGCGGCCAAGUCUGGCUUUCGUCAGGCUAUCGGACGUCGGGUUGCCAUACACGAGGCGGUUGCUACUGCAAAUCCCUACUCGGUGGCUUGCCUAGGCUAUGGGGCCGACUUUCUCUACAACCAAGGUCAUCUAUGCUAUUGCGCCGAUCAUUGGAUUCGUCUGCUGUACGUACAUGGUGCGGAGUCCAGGGAGCGUGUCAUUGACCUGCGCCAUCUAAUCCCCCAACUACGGGGAUCUCCUGUUGGCCUGGAGGCAGCAGAUCUGGUCACCCUCUUGAGCUACAGCGAUGAUAUUCUGGUCUUCCGAGUGGCCGACACGUACACGACUGAGGGCACGUUGUUCGCGGUCAACAUGGGGUGGCAGGAAUCGCGCCAGGAUAGAGAACGUCUACUGCUUCAGCGACAGGUCCCUGCGGAUGCACCGAUCUUUGUGCGCCAUAGUGGAUCUUAUGUUUGGUACGGCACAUAUACAGAGCCCGCUGGAUCAUAUGGGGUCUGGUCAAUCACUGGUGUGGAUCUCGAAACCAAUGCAUCCAUUGAAUUCCCGCUCGACCGAGUGGUAGUCGGUGAUCUUGGCCAGACAUUGUGUUUUGAGAUGCACGAGGAACAUCUUUACGCUGUAUCGACACAAGUCGCCCCAGACGACGAGGAAGUGCACACCUCUUUCUAUCAUUGGUUCUGUCAUGCCCCUCGUGAAGGAGGCCGUAAAUGGAACGGUCGUCUCUGGCGCCGAGAGCAUCAGGAAGGUCCCAUCAACGAGAUGUGGACCGAUCUUUCGAUCCGUAAGGAUGAAACCACCGGCCGGCCGGUGAUACUGGAAUGCCGCCGUGAGUGGCGCGACGGCAAGAGCGAAAACCAUCGCACAUACUACAUACAGCGACUUCCCACCCCGGAGGAAGCUCUGGCGCCUAUUUCAGGGGGCACUGGCGUCCCAUCUUGGGUUACCGAUGAUGAUCACGGAAAUGACCACCCUUACGACGAGCGGCCCGCAAAGAGACUGAGACGCCAUUACCAUGCCGAGUACGAGUGUGGAUCUACAAAGCGGCGGGAGUUUAUUGCAGCUCGCACGAAACACAGGAGUUAUCAUCUCGGUGCAUCAACCUUUGUCGACAUUGUCAAUGACCCUUCCGGUGAAAACUUGCGGUCUCGAGACCGACUAAAACUCAGGACUGUGUCCCGGAAGCGCAAAUGUCCCAUUGACGAGGAAGGUCUCGAGGGAGCCCGCAACAGAUUAUUUCAACCCACACAGACGGACCAAUAUGGCCGCCCCGUUGAGGGAUCUGAAGAACGCUUUGAGUGCCAGGGCGUACGCAUGUGGCCCCCAGAAGAUGCCCCGGCUGCCCUACAAGGAUUGCUCUGUCCUGGUCCGCGCACUGGAUCUGUGAAGAGUGUUGCAGAUGAAAGGUCAAUCAUGUAUUCGAUUGACGCGCCGGGACUCCCCCCAAAUUACCAAGCCCUUAUCCUCAUCAGUUUUGACCCUAAAUUCCGACUCCCUAGCACUAUACCUCUUCCCGACCCUACCUCUCCAGACUACAAUCCUGGGGAGUUAUUCCCACCAACGCUCAAAUCACCACCUCCAUAUACCCCCCAUUCACGCGCCUUGGUAGAAGAAGCACCGCCCUUUUACAUAGAUAUCAAACGCGGUUAUCAUUUCCGGUGA